AUGACAGAGGGAUCGAAUCGGAAUAACUUGUCGCGCAUUGAUACCGACUUGAACUUCACUUUCAAUGUGUAUAAAGAUCCUUGGGAACCCACUGUGUCACCCAACCAGGAGCACUUUAAAGAACCAGCAUCUCCUGGUGGAAUUCCCGUCUCACCAAUAAGUCGAACGUCAUUCUCUUAUGCUGUCAAGUCUGGCCCCGAUAAUCUUUCUGGUACCAACAAUCGGGCGUUAAAUGAAUCUCGAAAGCUACUCUCACACGUUCUCAUACAACUUGCCAACCGGACCAAACCAGAAUCUAUUGUCGACACCCUCACCAAUGCUGUUAACGAUCCUACGGAAAGAGGGUUUGGAGCAUUAGCAGAGUCGCUGAAGGAGGCCGUAAAACUAGGUUCCAAACAGGAAAACCGGUCGCACAAACGCUCCGGAAAUGUUGUAGAUGAUUCGGAUAGCGAAAAUGAUUCUACCUUUACGACCGACAAUACCAUUGAGCUAAUGAUGCAACUCAAGGAUGUCCUCACAAUGUCGCUUUCCCAAGGAUGGCAAAUAUUUGACGACAGCCUUGACGAUCAAGCAUUGCGCGGCGAAGAAGCGCGAGACUCCAGGCUUUCCUCACCAUUUAGAAGAUCCAGAAGAAUUUCAAAAUCGCCAGGAAGACGUUCACAAUCAUCUUCCCCACAGAGAGGGCAGAUACAGGUUCCUGAAUUGCUCUCCCUAUGCGUUUCGAUUCUACAUUCUGUCAUCUCUGAAGAUUGCCGCUAUCGUGUCGCGUCACCGCGCCCAUCCAGACCCCCAAAUACACUCCAAAUUCUGACGUUGAAUGUCGCACAAUUUUUAAUAUAUAGCCACCGCCACAACCCACGAGUGAUAUCGCAAAUUGCUUUCGCAAUAAUACCGGCCUUCUUCACUUUCCCGUCGCAAAUGCACCCCAGGCUACUCCUUUUCUUUGAAUCAAAUGUUAUUAGGACAAUAUUGCAACAUCUCCAGCAGUUACAAGGUUUAUCAUCAUUAGAUGAGCAAAACGCUGUUCACCGACAGAAUGGGUUCAACGGAGAAAAUGACGAAGAUGAUCCUGUGGUUUCGAUCCAGAUAGAAGAAGCCCCUACGGAUGGCUCACCAUCCACUCUAGGAUCAACAUUCACCUCGGUGCCUCAACCGUCCAAAGAGGUUCAAUCUACCAACAACCCACGGCAGCCCGCCGCCAUAUAUCAUCUAGCGUUCCUGCUCCCUCCUUUGAUCGGCGCCAUUUUUGACAAUUUAGAUACCCUUGGGGAAGGAAGCAAAAUCAACGGGGAAAUAUCUACUCGAGUUGAUGGGCUUCUCAGGCUGAUUGCCAACUCCAAACUCGAUACUUACAAUGAUCUGCUUGAAAUUAUUGCAUAUCGUGGUGCAAAAGCGCGACGUAUGGCUGUAGCGUUUCUUGCAAGGUUGUGGCCAAGUUCUGUGGGUCAUGCAAUCAUUAGCAGCCCAUUUUGUGUGUUUGAUGAUGCACACAGCUCUUACAGCCAUCAUUUUGUUCCGUGGCACUUUGGCAGGCUUAAAAGACGCACACGGAUUGCUGGUACCCUACACGAAGACUGUCGAUCUUGCUUAAAACCUAUCUCUGAAUUUGCCUUGCUCUGCCCUCUGUGUAUGACGGCGGUCCAUUUCGAUUGCUACGAUUAUCCUGAAGGCAACUACGAUGUUCAAUACUUUACCACAGACGAUGCCCCUGUACGUGUUGCGAUGUUUAAAUUCUCGGACCUUCCACCCAAUCCCAGUGUCGCCACUUACACAUAUAAUCCCUGUAAUCACAAACUCAAGCCGGCGACUUGGUUUACACUAUGUCUAUGUUUUGUUUGUUGGACGCCUUUGUGGGGCUGCUUUGCCCAAGGCCUUAAAUGUGAAUCAUGCCAAAUAUCUAUUCACAAGGAUUGUGUAGCAUCUCUCGACCCAUCCAGGAAGUGCGGGUUUUAUAACUUAUCUUCCAAGGAGAUUACCAUAAACUGGGCGACAUUUCGCAGUUCUUGUUUAGUUCAUUUCCCAAUUUUGCAACUUACGAAUGACCAACUCAAUAAUCAUAGCUACGAAGAGAUCAUCAUCUUUUAUAGCGUUCUGCAAAUUCAAAUGCAAAUCAUCGUCAACGGAAUUGAAUUGGGAUCCGUUGUCAUUGCCGAGGGAAAGCAGAACACAAAGCAAGGCUCUCCUCAACUCAAGACCUUUGAACUCCAUCAUGCCAUUGAACGUUGCCAAGUUCUUUUGGACUCCGGGCAGCUUCAAUAUUCUCCUCUGACCCAGCAAUUUGUUCAGGAUAACGAAGAGGCGAAGUUUAAACCUUCAAUUAUGUUUGACUGGUCCUACCUGGAAUACAUUACCGCGACCAUCAAAACUUCAUUUCCGCAGAGUCGCAAUACUCAAACAACGUCCAACCUUCUUAAUGUGGAUCAGUUUACCAACAUUGUCGAUGAAGACGCUGAAUCCAUUGCGUAUCCUUUCGAAUCGACCAGUUUGAUGCACAUGAAGCAUAUUUUAGCUGUUGAUUUCACAAUACGCUCUGAUUUUGCCACGCAACUCAUCCUCAAUCAGCUUCACCAUUUGUCCUUCUUCGAACGGGUUGACAGAAGUCCAUUUCCUUUCGAAAGUAUUUCCGACCAGAAAGAUGCUCAGUGUAUGUUCCCGCUUCCCCUUGGACUCGAUCUUUCCAUGAACGUGGAAACGUUGGUAUCAUCCGUUGAAGCUUCGCUGAGUGAUCUCGAUCUUUCUACCAAUGAAUUUGGCUUUCUGUUGCUUACAAGGAGAUUCUGGCCUAAUGGCCUGGCUUCAGAGUAUGGUCUCAAGAGGCUUGCUACAAGGGUUAUUCAGUGGAUAUUGGACGAGGAUGAUAACCUAGCCGUCAUACUUCGAGAGUUUGUUGCAAAACAAAAACCGCUUCCAGGGGUUCGUUACGAACGUUACGGACAGCCCUGGCCAAUGCCGUCAGAAUUGCGUCCUGGCCUUAAUAGUAUGGCCACCAAUGGCGGUGACUAUGUAGCCACACGACGCUCCUUAAUUUCUAGAUUUGCAUUACCAUGGCUCUUUGAGCUGAGAGCACUACAUCCUGAUUUUUAUUGCCAGACUGUUUUUGACACCUGUCAGCAAUCUGUGGACAGUCGAAAUUCUUUCGAAAUCGACACACUGCUAGAGACAGGCAAUCCCAAAAAUCUUGUGAAAAGAUGCGAUGACCUCCUUCGUGCAAUUGUCAAAUUGUGCCAGUGUUCAAUCAUUUUCGACGCUUUUGAUGAUAUAUAUACUCGCUGGAUAAAUUUGGUCAUUGAAUUAAAUCAAGCUGAUAAGCCAAUGAUGUCUCUAAUCAAACUAUGGGGAAAUGACGCGGACACCAUUCAGCGCAGCACCGUCAUUGUAGAUCCUACUUCCGAUCCUUCACUUGCUUUAUACGUCGAUCCUCUGAGAACGAUUUCUAACUUGGCGCGGGAAUCUCCUUCGGGCCUUUCAAAAUCCUUGACCUACCUCUCGAGCGUUAUAAAAUGCGGGAUCAGCAUUCCAAUAACGUCUUUCAAGCUAUUUUUGAAGUUGACAAUUUCCGACAAAGAUAAUUGCUUACAAAACGCGAACCUUCUAUCGAAAGCUAUCCUUCUUACCCUUUGGCUUAGGUCAUCUGGACGUCAGGAUUUGCGAGGCGUCAUUUCAUCCCUUCAGUCUCAUUUGGCGCCCAAAAUAUUGGAAUCUCUGCGUUCUGGGGUAAAUUCCAACAUAUCUGUUUCUGUCAUUCGACGCUCCCUUGCAGCUUGCUUACGACUCUAUGGAUGCGAACGAUCCUCUAUCAUAGCUGCCGGAAUGGUACUUCCAGAGGAGCUUGAAGAUUUACCCUCCAGGAGGAAGCUCAACGUCCGGGGCUCCACAAUUGUUGACCCCGUAUUUAUUGAACGCGAAGUUCUCAACGCUUUGCACCUCUAUCUCCAAAGCAAUUCCAGUCUUGUUACGAGUUUCGUGGCAAAAUUUUUGAACUUAUUCAUUAUGUCGGAUCCGCCGUUGUUAGAAAGCUUUGAAAUUGAUAACUUCAUACUGCAGAACGGAAAACUUUUAUCAUUCUGUGCAUGGAAUGUAUACGACAUUCAAAAUGAGGAUUUAGCUAUUGUCCGCACGAACCUCUUGUUACGAAGCCUUCUAAUAGACCCAGAGCACUUCCAAGAAACCAUACGUACUUGGAUGGAUCCCUCCAUAUGUACUGUCCAACAAAGACUUUCUGGUGUCAACCGCCUAUUUCGCAUGAUUUCUGAUGUCACCAGUCCAGCUUUCAAUGUCGAUGGACGGCAAUGGCGUUCUAGUGUAAUCGAAAUUUUCUAUGCCUUUUUUACUGCUUUGUGGGCAGAUCCCAAUGAAGAAAUUAGGAUCGCUGUCAGAACUUUCUCUUCAGUUCUUCUCCCCGUCCACUUCGAAAUCAUUUCACAGUGCUGGAGUGAAUCAUUAGUAAAAGCCCCCAUAACCGACAGAGUUCGCCUUGUCGGAUUUCUCAUUCAACUCCGUCCUCACUUCCCAGCAUGGAAAGUUUUGGGUUGGGAGCAGAUCAUGGAAACUCUGAUGGAAUAUGAUUAUGACCUAAACGGCGCAGACGUACCAUUUUCUUCUCCCAGAGAUUUGGCGGUCGAUGAAAAGGCGAGGGAGUUCUACAACUUAUCGAGUAUAGAUCCCGACUUAUCCCAUCUCCGAAUGCUGGCUGACGGUGUUGAAAUCGACAAAAUCUCUGUUAUGAAGCUCAAGGUUCAGUUUGUCAAAAUCGCAGGCUUCAGUCGCGUCAUCAUGGUCCCCACGCUAAGCGGUCAAUCCUUUCACUUGCAAUUCGACGAUAUUUCAGACAUGCCUGAAUCUGCGUAUCCCUGUGUUGAAGAGUUGCUCCGAGUCAUCGAUGCUCCACAAUCUGCCAAAUUACCUUAUGCUGCGAUAGGGAUUUCUAACGGUCCUGAUGAUAAGACAAUCAACGCUUUAAUUGGAUCUGUUUUCCUGGACGCGAGUCUUUGCAUACUUGGAAAGCUGCGGGAGUUAUCGUCGCUUCCUGUCCUGACACUUAAAUGUGCUCUUGAAACUCUGUAUAUUGCCAUCCAAAAAUAUGAUUUUGAAGAUCGGUUAUUUCGACAUUUACAACCUCUGUUACGGGGUGCCGUCUUGCGGACAAUCGAAUUACUGUCAAAAGACAUAAGCUACGAGCUUCGGCAACUGUCACUUUCUAUCGCACAAGCUUCUAUAAAGAAGUGGCACACAUUCUUAGGAGCCACCGUCGCGACUAUCCUUGAACUUGUGGCAUCCGAAAUUGCAUCGCAGAUACAGAACAGUCAAGAUGCGCUUGUCGUUCAGGGCAAAUUUCUCAUUGGAACUACUCUUCAAACGUUUUGUCAAAAUGGCCUACUUAUUGGUCUGAUGAGGCGACCCCUAGAACCACAUUUUUUUACCGUUUUGGCCGAAAUUUUCAAAGGACAAGGAAAGGACGGAGGUUCGGUAUCUCAUUUCAUUUGCGACCCCCUACUUCGCGACACCCUUAGCCGGGCAGUCGAAUGUGAUCCUUCGGUAUUCUUAACGAUACUUCAGAGCAUCGCUAAUUUCGUUGAGAUUGUAUAUCACGAAGGCUAUAGCUCGGAUCUUCUUAUAUUUACCGGUCAACACCUGACACACCUAGUCCGUAGAUUGUCAGACGGAACAAUCGAAGGGGCUGAUCCCGCACCCAUUCUUUCAAUGUCGGCGACUCUCCUACGAAGUAACAAGAAACAUUCAAAGGAUUUAUUGCCCUACAUCGAGACUGUGGUUAGAGCAGUAUCAAACAGGUUACAUGUCAAGGUGUCUAGCUUAACUAUUCUAAUUCAAGCUGCUAUUUUAAGUCGACCAAAAAAUACGGAAAAUAAUGGAACACUUGACAUUGUCGCCCUUCUUUUCGAGAUUCUCUUGGAUGGUUUCCGGAUGAAGACUAAAAUACUUCCUCUCACAAUAAAGUCUUUGAUUGAGUGUUUGACUACGUCAGAAGAUGCUAAUACAUUACCUCCAUCGUCAACUCAUAGUCUUCUUUUCCGUAAUCUUGCCGAUGAUGCAUUUUUAUUUCUCCAGAACUCGGCAUGGCACGACGAAAGCAUCGAUCCGGAUUUCCAGGCUGCGGUGGCAACUGGAAGGCUACUGUUAUCUAUCGGGAAUCAAGACCCGUCGAUUCUACACCGUUUCAUUGACCAACAAUCAGACAAAUACCUUCGAUUGCCCCUAAGCAUUCGAACAUGGAAUGUACUUCUCCUCGCAAUAUUACAGGAGAAUAACGACGAUUGGACAAGCAUGAUUUUUGGUUACUUUUCUGCUUUCAGCAAUACGUACUCCAUGGUUUUGAGAACCUAUGUCACAUCUGGAAUUUCAUCUGCUGCCGCUGCAACAACAGAUGUCAACCAAGUUCAUAUAUCGAUGAAGCUCUGGCUCAAGAUCGCAGAUUCUGUCUCUAAAUUUGUUCAAGGCGGUGAGACAGUCGUCUACGCUGUUUGGAACGAGCUUUGGCCAGGAUUUGAAGGAUUUUUGGGUGUAUUGGAGACAGAAGCACAAGUUGGGCUUUAUCCUACUUUAACAUCACUGGCAUGUACAUCUGUGGCAGAAUUAUUGCUAUAUGUACAUGCCUUGAAAUCAUCCCUUGCUCUGGACACGGCUUCGCAUACUAUCAUUCUAAAUCGCCUUCGAUCAUUAGCACGAGGAGAUUCCCUUUUGUCUGGAAGAAUUGCUCGAGCUGUCAAAACUAUGUCCGAGCCGCCCACGGAAACUCUACGCAGCAACAUUCUUUUCGAGCAGAUAGGAAAGGAACUUAUAGCUGCUGAAAAAAUACGGAUUAUGGAAAGCAAGAGAGAUUAUGGUAGAAUGCCAGGUGAAAGAUCGCGGAAGGAGGGAAGAGCGUUGGCCACCUAA